AACAUCAAAAUAGAAUAUAUUUACUAUGGAAUCCAUGUUUGAUGAAGAAGAUUAUUUAAUGGUACGGUGUAGUGUUGAAAUAUUACUAAACAAAGGAUGUCUGACUGCCAGGAAGUACCUCGUUGAUAAAAGAAGUAAAAGUUCUUUGUUGCAUUCUGCGUCAAGUUUUAUUGAAUUCUUAAGUUCAUUAUUGAGUUUGGACGAAGCUCACAUAAAUGAAACAAUUGACAGUUUAAAAGAGACUCAAAGAUAUUGUACUAUGCAAUCAAAUCAUUUAAGAAAGGAGAAAUGUAGUUCGGAUGAUUUGAGAUUAUUGAUGAAUGAAAUAUUCUGCACAGAUACUGAGCUCUAUAUGGCUAUUCUGACCAUCUUGAAACAAGGUUUGAAAGACUAUGUCAAGGGGGCCUUUUUAAUACGAAAAUCGUGGAAACAAUAUAAGAAAAGCUACGAAAAAAUAAUAAAGAUUGGUGGGUCUUUUUUGAAGGUCUCUGCAGAAUCAAAUAAUCAAAAUGAAGCAUUGUCACAAAGUGAAUCAUUUUCAACUACUGCUGAAGAGACAAAAACAUGCAAUUCUUCUAAUGGCAAUUCAAGUGAAAUUGUUAACUCACAAGCAUUGUAUGAGGUACAAGCAGCCAUUGCAUUUGGGUAUGGUUUAUUUAAUCUGGUUGUCUCAUUGACUCCUCCUAAAGUAUUACAACUGGCUCAGAUGCUUGGUUUCCAUGGUAAUCAAGGACUAGGUCUGGUUUGUUUAAAAUAUGUUUGUCAAAGUCAGAAUGUCAAAGCUGAGUUAUCAAGACUUGGUCUUUUGUGGUAUCAUGCUAUUGUCAGACCAAUGUAUUCUUUUGAUGAUAAUGAUGUUAAAUGUGGUUUAAAGGAAGCUUCACAACUUUUACAAGGACUACAGGAACAUUUAUUGUUAUCACCAGUUGCUUUGUAUUUUGAAGGAUUAAUAUUUCGUUGUAAGGGUAAUUUCAGUGAAGCUACAAGGUCACUGAGCAUGGCUUUGGAGAAACCUUUGGCCCAUAAAGAAAUGAUGGUUUUCUGUGAUUAUGAAAUAGGAUGGUGUCAUUUACUUGAAAUGAGAUGGGAUCUUGCUAUAGAGGCAUUUAUCAGAGUAAAAGAUGCAGCCAUUUGGUCACAAUGUUUUUAUGUUUAUUUAAUUGGAGUUCUUCAUGGCGUGCAGGGCAACACAAGUGAAGCUGUAAUAUACUUAAGAUAUGUACCUUCACUUGUCAAGCGAAAAACUCCUUUAUCCGUUUUCCUGAUUAGAAAGGCUUCCUCUUGCAUCCAAACCCCACCAAACAAUACUGAAAGUUUAGUUCUGUUGCUUGAAAUUAUUUAUUUAUGGGAAUGUUUGCCAACAUGUAGCUUGGCAACUCUAUCUUGCUUAUUAGAAGGCUUGGAGAAACCGGUGGAUGAUAGAUUUGUUGCUUUGAAGUUAUUUCUUACUGCAUAUAUCAUGCGUCGUCUUGAAAGAUUAUCUGAGGCUAUUGAGUUUUAUAAAGAAGCGGUGAAUGCGAAUGUAACUCUUGUUGGUGAUAAACAUAUCUCACCAUUUGCUUCUUUUGAGUUGGGAUUAAUUUCUGCCCAACUUUCACAGUUUGAUAAAGGAUUGGAAUUUCUGAGAAAAGCCAAGGAUACAUACAGCAGUUACGACUUUGAAAAUAGACUUAAAUUAAAGAUUGAUAUAGCAACAAAAAAAAUACAGGAGAGGGCAAACAAAGAGUAGUUUGGGAGAACAAGUUCAGCAUAAGUGUGAGAAGUAGUCUUCAUUCAAGAGAAGAAGUCUUCAUUCAAGAGAAGAAGUCUUCAUUCAAGAGAAGAAGUCUUCAUUCAAGAGAAGAUGUCUUCAUUCAAGAGAAGAUGUCAGUUCUGAAAGGGAAACAUGAAUGACAUCACUUCACUGCACUGCAGGCACUCAGAUAAGAACACUCAGGGUAUAAUUACAACAGGCAAGUUGAGGUCAUAUGGAAGGCGGAUCACCAGUGUUUAUUAUUGAUCAUGCUAUGUUGAGAUGAAUAUAUGAACAUUUUGCAACAGCUG